AUGUCAAUAUUCUUCGAUGCACCCGCGGAAGGUUGGACGUAUUGCGCCGACAACGUGGAGCAAGAGUUUUACCCUGGCCACUCAGCUCUUGUUGCUUAUCUGCAAGAACAUGAAAUCUGGUCAUAUAGCGAGUUCUUGACCCUCCAUCAAGAUAUCAUUGUUAAUGCACUGCCCUUUUCAACCAAGUGGAAUGGCCUCGACGGCAUCUGGACUAAACGAUUUUUGAAAGUGGCAAAAGAGCUCGAUUCAAAUGCCUUCGAAGAUCUGAAGAAUAAGUCAGGUGCUGCCCUGGCCCAAGUGAUGGUGGGAAAGCACUCCUGGUCAGUUGCUGCCCUGGAUCCACCAUUGCAACGGCACAUUUUUUUGCUUGCUCAAUUUUCAUCAUUAUUUGCGACUUGUAUUUCUUUAAUAUUCUUAAUAUUGCAUGAGCUUUCUCAACAGAUGGUAUCCGAACGUUCGACCAAUAGUUUGAAAGCCUAUUGGGAGGAAGUCAUCUGCCGGAAGACGCAACUUGCUAAAGCUGUGAAGAGCCGCUUAAGCACCGUCACACCCACAUCAAAACGGGUAUCGAAUAAGCGGGAGGACUUGGACGCCGGCGCCGAGAAUGAGCGAGAGGAAGGCGAAGACGACGAGGUGCAGUCGACAGAGAAGUACCCUGGUCGCGAAGUCCUGGUGGCCUACUUGAAAGGGAUAAACGCCAAUCGUUGGUCAUACAUAGAUUUUUUGCAAAGUAAUCGUGCGGCCAUUGUCAACUUGACACCAAUCAGUUGUAAGUGGAAUACCCUCGAUAGCGUAUGGACCAGACGGUUUUUGCAAGAAGGGAAUGAGAUUGGUUCCGCAUCAGCUGAUGUUAUGAAGAAAAAGAUAAAACUGGAGCGCUCUAAGUCUUCUCGACUUAUAAAAACUUUCUUUGAGGAUGUGAUUGAUAAGCAGAUGACGUUGGAUCUUGAGCGAACAUUUGACCGGAAUGACUGUGAACUUUUGAAAAAAUCUGGCAAUUUUCACACUCGCAAACUUUCGUUACAUUAUGAUAGGGGCGCCGAAGAUAUUCUAAAAUCUGAGAGAACACCACUGAGCGAUCUCACAAAUGAAAAAGUUACUGCUGAAGGUUUUUCAAGCAAGAAUGCUGGUCCGGGCGGAGCAGAACGUGAGACAGGACGAAAGCCGUUGGGUCGAAUAAAUGUUUCCAUGGAGAAAAGGGAUGAGAAUGAGGAGGAUGUUGAUGUUACAUUAAUUAAUGCAAAUGGUUUAAGAUUGAAACGAAAUAAAUUUGAGAGAAUAGUGCUGAGCGAUCGCACAAACACAUCCGAAAGCUCUGUCAUUGCCACGCAACCGCUUUCCAUCACCGAUAUCAAAGAAUGGAGCACAGAACAGCUCACCCGGCAUCUUCAAACAAAAUUUCUUGAUGACUUGGACGAUGAAGACCUUGAAAUUUUGCGAAAGGGAAAGAUUCGGGGCCGUGCAUUCCAGAUGCUGACAAAAGAAGAGCUCAUGGCAGAUGGCAUGAAACGUGGACCUGCGAGUGUCAUCGCUGACUACAUUAAUAAAUUGAAGAAUGAGCGUCCUUUGAAGAGGGUACGAACAACUGGCCUGCGCGGGUCAGCGUCCGAAGAUGAGGAUUCGCUACAGGAACCGACUCAGCCAUUGAAAGCUCACAACUCGGAUCAAUUUUAUAACAAAUCAAAGGAAACCGAUAAAUGCCUCGGAGCACAUGCGGCUUACAACUCCAAUCGUGACAACCCUGUUCGUCUAGUGAUUCCGACAACAGAGAGUGCAGACAAACUUGCAUUCAUAUCGAACGAUCGUCUGGCUAGCUUUGAUCAAUGGAUGACUAAAAACCCUUUCAGCUUGCUACGCAGUCCACCGGCAUCUGGCAAGACCACGCUUGCCAGUCUGCUGCAGCAAUACCUUACCAGCCUGGGACGGACAGUUGUACAUAUCUCAAUGCUUAGCAUGCAGGAGCUCAUCACGGACAUGGACGCCGUGGCCUUUGACGCGUUUUGGAAGUUUCAUGCCGGAUUAACAUGGACUGACUGUACGACGUGUGAAUCGCCCAUCAAUGUCUUGAUAGACGAGGCGCAGAUUCUGUACGGCGGAGUUUCAUUCUUCUGGACCGCGCUUAAACGCCUCAUGAACCCUCGAUUCACCAACCCAUAUCUGAGGGUCCUUCUGAGCAUGUAUGGAGAUGCUGGCGUUGUAACGGACACCAUUUCCACUGCCACACCCAUCGAAUUUUCGGCGACACUGGGCCUAGAUGACCUCCGCAUGACACGAGACGAAUAUGAUCAGCUCGUGACAAAGUUCAUAGAAGCCUCCGUCUUUCCGAUAUUAAUCCCUUCCAAGGUAUGCGAUGCCAUCUUCAGCGCUACACAUGGACAUGCAGGUAUCAUCAGACGCAUGCUGGAUUUUCUCGGAGGCCAAUAUCGUCGCGGGCUUCGACGCCAGAAUGAAAUGCUUCGGUACCUCGUCUCUCCGGGCUUUCGAAAUGCUAUAGAGAACACACGAGCAUUUAAUUGGUUACGUGAGUGGAAGCCUGCACGCGAAGAAGUACUUUUCCUGCGCCAAGCUCUGUACGAGAUGGAUUUUGAAUCCACCUUUCCUGAGAAUGCUGCCGACACUACUACCGUGGACAUCAUAACGAGGUUCAAGCGUUCAGGGCUAGUAACGCAUUCAGGCCCACCGGAUAGUGGACGCUUGCAAUUCGGCGCGCCGCUUAUGCGGAUCGUCAUUGCCCAACGUCUGUUCAGCAUGCCUCUAUCACUACGCAACCAGCCCCGAAUGUCUGAUUUCAACGACUUUCUGUUAUGUACAAUCGAACGCAUGCGGCCGUCCAUUCUCCGACGGUCUCUGAGUCGCGGCAAUGGAGACUCUGCCAGGUUGCUCGAGAGAUCAUGGCAGAUGGAGUGGUACAGGGCUGCGACCACAGCUGUUCCAUAUGGCGUGAUAAUUAGCCCCGACGUCGGACACGUAUUUGGUAAUGGCCAGUACGCGAACAUUCCUCUCAAGGCUUGGGCUGUGGUCGAUUUUCGACAUAUAUCCAAGGUGUUGAAUCCUGCUGCCAACAUCUGGUAUGCCAUGUAUAAUGAGGACUUUAACGUUAUCACAAUUCGACGCCAAGGGAAGAGUGAUGUCAUCCUUGAGCUGCGAGGGGACCAAACUUGGCCUCGUGACAAUGAGGAGGGACCAGAUGAAUUUCA